AUGGCACCAGCUCCAGUGCCCAAUGGCACAUCCACCAGCAUGAACGGCGCACGAUCAAAUUCUCUCUCCGCAGAGGACAACAUCAAGCGCUUCUCAGCGCCAUCGAGAUCCCUCAGCCCUACCCCCGAACACAUGCUCUUCCACCCCAAGACAAGAUGUUUCGUCUACGGUCUACAAACACGAGCCGUCCAGGGCAUGCUUGACUUUGACUUCAUCUGCAAGCGCAAGACCCCUUCAGUGGCAGGCAUCAUCUACACAUUCGGCGGACAAUAUGUCUCCAAGAUGUACUGGGGCACCUCCGAGACCCUCCUCCCCGUCUACCAAUCCACCGAAAAGGCCAUGGCCAAGCACAGCGACGUCGACACCGUCGUUAACUUCGCCUCCUCCCGCUCCGUCUACUCCUCCACCAUGGAGCUCAUGGAGUUCCCUCAGGUCAAGUCGAUCGCCAUCAUCGCAGAAGGUGUCCCGGAGAGGCGGGCGCGUGAGAUCCUGCACGUGGCCAAGCAGAAGGGCAUCACCAUCAUCGGCCCGGCGACGGUCGGUGGCAUCAAGCCGGGUGCGUACAAGAUCGGCAACACUGGUGGUAUGAUGGACAACAUUGUGGCUUCCAAGCUCUACCGCAAGGGCUCCGUCGGCUACGUCUCCAAGUCUGGUGGCAUGUCCAACGAGCUGAACAACAUCAUCGCCAACACCACCGACGGUGUGUACGAGGGUGUGGCUAUCGGCGGUGACAGAUACCCCGGCACGACCUUCAUCGACCAUCUCCUUCGUUACCAGGCAGACCCGGAGUGCAAGAUCCUUGUGCUUCUUGGUGAAGUCGGUGGGGUUGAGGAGUACCGCGUCAUUGAGGCAGUCAAGAACGGCACCAUCACCAAGCCAAUCGUCGCCUGGGCCAUUGGAACCGUCGCCGGUAUGCUUAAGACCGAGGUGCAGUUCGGCCACGCCGGCUCGUUCGCCAACUCCCAGCUUGAGACUGCCAACAUGAAGAACAAGAGCAUGAAGGAUGCCGGCAUCUUCGUCCCAGACACCUUCGAGGAGCUCCCUGAGGUACUCUCUCAGGUCUACCAGAAGAUGACCAAGUCUGGCCAGAUCAAGCCUUCAGCCGAGCCAGCUGUUCCAAAGAUUCCGAUCGACUACUCGUGGGCUCAGGAACUCGGUCUCAUCCGUAAGCCAGCCGCCUUCAUCUCCACCAUUUCCGACGACCGUGGCCAGGAGCUUCUGUACGCCGGCAUCCCAAUCACGGACGUCUUCAAGGAGAACGUCGGUAUCGGCGGUGUCAUGUCUCUGCUGUGGUUCCGUCGCCGUCUGCCCGAUUACGCGGGCAAGUUCUUGGAGAUGGUGCUCAUGCUCACUGCUGACCACGGUCCCGCGGUGUCUGGUGCCAUGAACACCAUCAUCACCACUCGUGCCGGCAAGGACUUGAUCUCAGCGCUGGUGUCUGGUCUGCUUACCAUCGGCUCGCGCUUCGGUGGUGCUCUGGAUGGUGCUGCUGAGGAGUUCACCUCGGCGUACGACAAGGGCAUGAGCCCGCGUGAUUUCGUCGACACCAUGAGGAAGGAGAACAAGCUGAUCCCCGGCAUCGGCCACCGUGUCAAAUCCCGCAACAACCCCGACCUCCGCGUCACGCUCGUCAAAGAGUUCUGCCAAAAGAACUUCCCCUCGACCAAACUCCUCGACUACGCCAUCGCCGUCGAGACCGUCACCACGUCCAAAAAGGACAACCUGAUCCUCAACGUCGACGGCUGCGUCGCCGUCUGCUUCGUCGACCUGCUGCGCAACUGCGGCGCUUUCAGCGCGGAAGAGGCGGAGGAUUAUCUGCGCAACGGUGUGCUGAACGGGCUGUUUGUGCUCGGCAGGAGUAUCGGCUUGAUUGCGCAUUAUUUGGAUCAGAAGAGGUUGCGGACGGGGCUGUACAGGCAUCCGUGGGAUGAUAUUACGUAUUUGCUUCCGGAGCUGGGGAAGGGUGGGGCGCCCGGGACGGAGGGGCGUGUGGAGGUGAACUUGAAGUAG